AUGCAGUAAGAGUUUGGAGUAGUGCUGCUUGUACAAGUUAAAGCAGGCAGCGAAGAAAGAGCAACCAAAAAAAAAGCAUCUGCGGGGAAAAAAAAAAGAAAAAAGAAAAAGAAAAAAAAAAAGAAAAAGAGAGAAAAAGAAAAAAGAAAAAGAAAGAAAAAAAAAAAAAGUGGACCUUCCUGAACUUAAGACAUGUCUUUCCUCACGCGAGUUCUUGAAUCCGAGAGGACUUACUUCCAGCACGCGCUUUUUGUCAGCAGGUUUCACCAGGCGCCCGGGCUGUCGGGCAGUCAGUCCCUGGAGGUGCGGAGCGGCGCGGAGAACAAAGCGGCGCGGCCGGGGGAGCUGCUGGAGCCCUCCCCGCAGCUGGGCAGGGUGAAGAGUCUGCACGAAAUGCCCGGACCCAACACCCUCUACAAUCUCUACGAGUUCUUCUGGAAGGACGGCUUCGGCCGCAUUCAUGAGAUCCAGCAAAAACACACUCAGGAAUAUGGAAAGAUCUUCAAGUCUCACUUUGGUCCCCAGUUUGUUGUAUCCAUUGCAGAUCGAGAUAUGGUUGCUCAAGUGCUCCGGUCAGAAGGUAGAGCACCACAGAGAGCUAACAUGGAAUCGUGGCAGGAAUACAGAGACUUACGAGGAAGAGCUACAGGACUAAUUUCAGCAGAGGGGGAACAGUGGCUAAAAAUGAGAAGUGUAUUGAGGCAAAAAAUUCUGAAACCCAAAGAUGUGGCAGUUUACUCUGGAGGAGUCAAUGAAGUUAUCACAGAUUUAAUUAAAAGAAUCUACACCCUCAGAAGUCAAGAGGAAGAUGGGGAAACAGUGACCAAUGUUAAUAAUCUUUUCUUCAAGUACUCGAUGGAAGGUGUGGCUACUAUUCUGUAUGAAUGCAGGUUGGGCUGCCUGGAAAACAACGUCCCACAACAGACUGUUGAAUAUAUCGAGGCUCUGGAGUUGAUGUUCAGUAUGUUUAAGACCACUAUGUAUGCAGGUGCUAUUCCCAGAUGGCUUCGACCAUUUAUUCCAAAACCCUGGAGAGAGUUCUGCAGAUCCUGGGAUGGACUCUUCAAAUUUAGUCAAAUCCAUGUUGACAACAAACUGAAGUCUAUUCAGUCUCAACUGGACCAAGGAGAAGAAGUGAACGGUGGGCUGCUUACGUACCUCCUCAUGAGUAAGGAGCUUACUUUGGAGGAGAUUUAUGCCAAUAUGACUGAAAUGCUCCUGGCAGGAGUGGACACAACUUCUUUUACUUUGUCCUGGGCAAUAUAUAUGUUGGCAAAGCACCCUGAGGUUCAACAACGUGUUUACGAGGAAAUAAUCAAUAAGUUGGGGAAAGACCAAGCUCCCGUUGCUCGUGAUGUGCCCAAAUUGCCUUUGAUUAGAGCUGUGCUGAAGGAAACUCUGAGGUUAUAUCCAGUAUUGCCAGGAAAUGGAAGAGUGACCCAGAAAGACUUGGUUGUUGGAGGAUACUUAAUACCUAAAGGGACACAGCUGGCACUCUGUCAUUAUACUACUUCAUACAGCGAAGAGAAUUUUCCAAUGGCCAAUGAGUUCCGACCCGAGCGCUGGCUGCGGAAAGAUAAUUUGGACAGGGUAGACAAUUUUGGUUCCAUCCCCUUUGGUUAUGGCAUUCGAAGUUGUAUUGGAAAAAGAGUUGCAGAACUGGAAAUUCAUCUUGCACUGAUUCAGUUGCUUCAGAAUUUUGAGAUUAAAAUUUCUCCCAAAACUGAACCAGUUCAUGCCAAAACCCAUGGACUUUUGACUCCUGGAGGCUCCAUCAAUGUGAGAUUUUCUGACAGAAAAUGAGACUGAGAUAUUUUGGAAAUACUUGUGUGAUUUUCAGGGGAACAGGCUUGCAUCUAAUGGACGUUUGAUCAUAACAUGUUCUCUGGUUUGUAGUUUCUUCACGAUACGACCAAGUAUUAUGUUCUGCCUUAUACCUAGCAGCACAUAACAAAAGUUACCUCUCUUGUAAUUGAUAAUUACACAUUUGAAGAUACAUGCUAAAACAGUUCCUUCUUGCACUGGGAUUCUCCUACUUGUAUUUCAAGCUGUAGCAGCACGUGUUGAAAGAAAAAAGUAUAACUCAGACAUGUUUUUGUCAUUCAGUGAUUUUGUUACACUAUUUUAUAGUAAAAGCCAGUUAUUCUUGUGAGUUAUUAGAGAACAAGAUAAUUGUUAUCUGGUAUAUACAAAUUAGCUGCAUUUAGGAGUUCGUGUUUUUGUUUCUUGUCCUCCAAGAGUGUUGAAAUUUUUAAAGAAUAUAACAUUAAAAAUUCAGUAAUUUUCUCUUGUCUGUAAAAACAUUUACACUACAUGUAUUUGAAAUAUUAACACAGUAAUAUGAAAUGUAAAGAUUGAAAAAAACAAUUUGCAUCAGUUUUAGUCUCAAAAUUCAAAAACAAUUUACAACUUAUCUCGAAGUGUCCAUAAAAUGUUGCCAUAUGAUUUCCUUAAAAAAAAAAUUGUAAAUUUCAACAGUGCAUUGUAGAGUUAUGAACCUAGACCAUGUUUUUAUCACCAAAGCAAAUGCUGAGUGGAAUAGCACAAGCCACUUUCACUGUUCUAGCUACUAUUAUGCCAAAAUCAACUGUAAAUAAGAAAAAUGAAGAAGUUGUUACAUUUUUAUCAUUUGAUGAAAAUACUACUAUUAAAUAUCUUCACAGUUCUUCAGCAGUAAGAACUGGGAACUUCCCAUUGUAGUGUGCUGAACUCAUAGGCAGGUACACAGUUGCAUGCUAUAAGAUGGGAAUGUGACUACUGAGGUAUUUGAAGGCUUUUAAUAUUUUUUUUUUCCUGGUGUCCAUUAUGAAAUGUGGACAACAGAAAUAUUUUUGGUUUUACUUUAUUUUUUCCGUAACAGCUAACAGAGAAGUCUCUUGCAUGAGAUUUCAGUCUUCAGAUAGAUUUUCAUGUCUCUGUACACUAAUCUUACAUUCUCUUUUUGAGAGAAACCUUAUAGCUUGGGACCAUGUUGUGCCUUGAACAACACUCAGACCUGCCUAUCCUAACAUGAUAUUAUCUAUAUGAUAAUGUAUAGUUAACUGUUUACAUGUCAGGCUUUGACUGUUGUUUGUGAGGUAGUUUACAUACUGAUAAUCAUGGAUAUCCAGAUGUGCCAAGAUAAAACUUGUGUAACUCAGUAUUUAAAAUGACAUUUUUCUUUUCCCAUUUAACUAUGAAAUGGCAAAGGUAAGUUAUGAAUGAAAUAAUACAUCUUAAUGAAAAUGGUAUACAUGAUAUUUCAUGUAGCUAACCAUUACAGUCAUAUUUUUUGUAAUGCUUUGAUUAGUUUUUGUAGUGGACUUUCAAGGUCUUGACAGAAGAAAAAUAUGCCUUUAAAAUAAUAAUAGUCAACAAAGUUGAUUUCAUCUGUGGGAAGAUUAAAUGUUUACAGGGCUUUAAAAUGUUGGUACUGCAUUGAGGAUAUACAUGCAUACUACAGGAUAAGCAGGUAAUCUCUAGAAGUUUUUUUUUUUUUUCUUGAAUGAGCUGGCAUUCUGAUGGUUUGUUGUUGUUGUUGUUGUUUUUGUUAUUUCUUUUUCUCCAGGAAUUCACAUUAUUUGAAUUUAUUUUCUGUUCCAUUGUUAUUUCUCAUGUGAGGUAGAAUGGAGAGUAUUUGCCAGAGCCAACUGAUAUCUGGCAUCUGGAAAGGGGAUGUUUUUUGCAAAGGUUUGUGCAGUCAGUGAGUUGAAUAUUUGUCUUCAUAACUGCCAUUUCAUGUUGAUCUGAGGACCAAAGCCCCAAACCCUAAAUCCAGAUAUUUGAUUCCUUAUAGGGUCUUUUUUUUUUUUUCUUGCAUUGUCAUAGCAUUUUUGGAAGCACCAACCAUUGCUAUGUUGCAGUAUUUUCUGCUUGAUACCAGUUGCUAACUAAUGCAUCACUGUAAAACAGGAAAGAGGCAUUCUAAAGUGCUCUUGAAAGGAUUUCAGUAUUUUCAUGAAAACCUGUAAUUUGUGUUAACAGAGCAUCUACCCAUGUAAGUUGUCUUUUUUUACAUAAUAAAGUAUUUAUACAGAAUA